AUGGCAUCUAUAAGAGUAUACGGGAGGGCCGCUCUACAGUCCUACUUCCGACCUUCACCGGCCUACACUCCUCAACCUCCAGCUCCUCAACCUCCAGCUCCUCAACCUCCAGCUCCUCAACCUCCAGCUCCUCAACCUGCUCCUGCACAGCAACCUGUUACUGAUCAACAACCUGCUCCCAAUUCUCCUCAACCUCCUGCUCAGCAAGCUGCUCCUGGACACCAACCUGCUACUGAUCAGCAACCUGCUCCCAAUGCUGCUGCUCUGCCUACUGGUCGCAGAACGAGGCGGAUAUUUUCUUUAGACGGGGUUAUAGCGGAAUACGACGCCGUUGUGCAGCUAUAG